CAGUCCCUGAAAACUAUUUUGUUUCUCUAUCCUAUUAAGUUUCUAUUCUGUUCUUCAGCUCCUUUCAUUCUACGAACAUGUGCCAAUAAGAAUAUGGGUUGCCUGGCUGGGCCAGCAAUCUGCAAAUUCAGCGGAGGAUCAGGAUCGUGUUCCCGAUGUGAAACCGACAACUGCAACCUGUGA